AUGGCAUUCUAUCAAAAUGUACAUCCUGUGCGGCUGCUAGUACUAGUAGCUACUGUCCUGGGUACGGUUGCACUCGUUGGCAUGGCCAUUCGUCGUUCAAUAAUCCGUCGCCGAUUUGCUACCAGCAAAGGAUGUCAACCGAUUGCUAAAUCUUGCAAUAGAGACCCCCUCCUGGGAAUUGAUAUCAUGCGUGCUAAUCUCCGCGCCGCUAAAGAGCAUAGAGCUCUCGAAGUUAGUCGUCAGCGAUAUUAUCAGUUCGGCAACACAUUUAUGUCAAGGCAGUUGCUGAGCCGCGCAAUCAUGACCGUGGAACCUGAGAACGUGAAAACAAUCCUGGCCCUGAACUUUAAGGAUUAUGGUAUUGGGCAUCGUCUAGAGCGAUUCGGACCGCUUCUUGGGGCGGGAAUAUUUGAUACUGAUGGUGAUCAUUGGGCAGCAUCCCGUGCCCUUAUCAGACCAAACUUCACCCGAGAUCAAGUUGCGGACUUGGCAGAGUUCGAAAAGCUGAUGCAGGACCUAUUUGCGCUAAUCCCAAGAGAUGGGGAGACGGUUGUAGAUCUCCAAGACCUGUUUUUUCGGUACACAAUCGAUUCGGCCACCGAAUUCCUAUUCGGGCAGUCAGUCGGCAGUCUGAAAAAGUCGUCACAAUCCGAGCCGGACUUCGCACAGGCAUUCAACUAUGCACAGGAGGCAAUUAGAAUGCGAAACAUACUGGGUCCGCUAUCUAGGUUCUACAAUGACCCUAAGGCGGAUAGAUGCAAUAAGCUCUGUCGUGAAUUCGCUCAACAGUUUGUUGACGAAGCUGUUCGUGCCGUUCAGGACACUGGGAGUUCCAACGAGAAAGACACCACAACGGGUACCCCUAGGCUAACAGGUCAGAAGUACGUCUUCUCGCAUGAAUUAGCCCGGCGGACAUCUGAUAAACGUCGCAUCUUGGACGAGCUUAUGAACGUGUUGCUAGCUGGCCGAGACACUACGGCCAGCCUUUUAAGUAACAUGUUCUUUAUGCUGGCAAAGCACCCAACUGUUUGGGAAAAGUUGCGAAAAGAAAUUGGAGGCUUAGAUGGUCGAUUGCCAACGUAUGAGGAACUCCGCAAUCUCAAGUAUCUUAAGUGCUGCAUGAACGAAUCUCUAAGGCUUCACCCAGUCGUACCGGUUAAUGCACGUGAGGCAUUGCGAGAUACAAUUUUGCCCGUGGGUGGUGGCGAGGACGGUCGUUCGCCAGUCUUUGUAGCAAAGGGAACACGGGUUGCAUAUAAUAUAUAUGCAAUGCACCGACGCGUGGACUUUUACGGCAAAGAUGCAGAUAAGUUUCGACCAGAGCGCUGGGAAGAUGGGCAGCUGCAACCACGCUGGGAGUAUCUACCAUUUAACGGUGGCCCGCGAAUCUGUGUUGGCCAGCAAUACGCUCUUACCGAGGUUGGAAACCUUACAAUGUACGUCUUUGUAGCCCUAACUACUGUUCUCGCAUAUGGCCUCGUCGCGUGUCACCCAGGCGAAGACCACGUCGCGGAGUUGCUAGCACGCGGAGAGUUUCUCCAGCAUCACAUAGCCAACUUGGACCAUUGUGCUGCAGAUCUCCAAGCUGCUGGUGUCGAGAAGCGCAGCAUACAGCGCAGGCUACACACAACAAAGUUGUUACGCGAGAAGCGUGGAUUGAUUGAUGUCGCUGGAGAAAGCAUCAGGUCCGACAUCAUCGAGAAUCAACAGGGCAUUCCCAUGGAGAUCGAUGUUCAAUUUAUUGAUGCAACCACAUGCAAACCAGCCAUUGGCAAAUACGUUGACGUCUGGCAGGCUAAUGCUACCGGAGUUUAUGGUGGCGUAAUUAACCCAGAAAAUGGCAACGGUCCUUCGGACCCAAGCAACUCACGGAAAACCUUUUUGCGUGGAAUUCAGAAAACUGAUAAUGAUGGGGUCGUGAAAUUUUCUACAAUCUUCCCAGGCCAUUACGUCGGGCGCACAAUUCACAUUCAUGUGAUGUUGCACCCAAAUGCACAACCGUACCCCAAUGGCACGAUUAUUGACACUACUGCAGCAUACGUCGGCCAGAUGUAUUUCGACCAGAGUCUUAUCAACUCUGUUAGGCGUCGCCCACCCUACUCUCAAAAUCGUAAUCCACUUACACCGAACAGUCAGGAUUUCAUUCUGCAGCAAGAUUUACGGCAGGGUGGUAACCCCUUUGUGCAGUACAAGAUGAUAGGAAGCCGUCUUGAAGAUGGUGUCCUCGCCUGGUUAACAUAUGGCAUCAAUCCUGCUAAACGAACUCGUGUAACGCCGGUUGCGACAAGGAGAGGACUACAGCCACGAGAGACAUCCAUGGUCGCCUCAGAAAUAAAGCGAGAUUAG